AGAGGGAGGAGCCAGGAAUGUAAAUUCAGUAAAAUAAACGCCCCGGAAGUCGUCAUUGUUCUCGGUCCGCUCCUGUGCUAUAUAAGCCGGACUCUGCCGCACUCGGUAUCUUGCAGUCUACUCGCUACAUAGAGAAGAUGUCUGGACGCGGUAAAGGAGGGAAAGGGCUCGGUAAGGGCGGAGCCAAGCGGCACAGGAAGGUGCUCCGGGAUAACAUCCAGGGCAUCACCAAGCCUGCCAUCCGCCGUCUAGCUCGCAGGGGAGGUGUGAAGCGCAUCUCCGGCCUCAUCUAUGAAGAGACUCGCGGUGUCCUGAAAGUCUUCCUGGAGAACGUCAUCCGUGACGCCGUCACCUACACCGAGCACGCCAAGAGGAAGACCGUCACCGCUAUGGACGUGGUGUACGCCCUCAAGCGCCAGGGCCGCACUCUCUACGGCUUCGGAGGUUAAUUCUGCUUCUACUCGGCUCCAUCACAUCAACCCAAAGGCUCUUCUCAGAGCCGCCCACAUGUUCUAUGGA